UACCCAUCAGUUUUGUGUUUACAGUAAAGAACUAUUUCGAGUAAUUAAGUGAAUUGUACCAUUUCAUAACGGUUCCGAAAGAAGUGAAUGCUUGAAAUGUAUAAAAAUUAAUCUUUUGUUACCGUAAACUGGUUAAUUAGUGUUGAUUAAAUGAAUCACUUAUAGCUUAGAGAACAUUGUCUUUUGAUCAAGAAGCGUUUACAAACGUAGUGGUCAACGUUUUCUGUGAAUCUAGAAGUUCGACUAAAUUCAUUUUGAAAAAUGUGUGACGACGAUGUCGCUGCUUUAGUCAUUGACAAUGGCUCUGGGAUGUGCAAAGCAGGAUUUGCCGGGGACGACGCCCCUAGAGCCGUUUUUGCCAGUGUCGUGGGGCGCCCUCGAUAUCAGGGUGUGAUGGUCGGAAUGGGCCAGAAAGACUCCUACGUGGGCGACGAAGCCCAAACCAAACGCGGCGUUUUGACCGUAAAAUACCCCAUCGAACACGGAAUCGUAAGCAACUGGGACGACAUGGAAAAAAUCUGGCACCACACCUUCUACAACGAACUGAGAGUAUCGCCAGAGGACCACCCCGUCCUCCUGACCGAAGCCCCAUUAAACCCGAAAAUAAACAGAGAGAAGAUGACCCAAAUCAUGUUCGAAACGUUCGGCUGCCCGGCCAUGUACGUCGCCAUCCAAGCUGUCUUGUCGCUGUACGCAAGUGGACGCACCACCGGCAUCGUCAUGGACUCCGGCGACGGCGUGUCCCACACCGUCCCCAUCUACGAAGGAUACGCACUCCCUCACGCAAUUCUUCGUAUGGACCUCGCCGGCCGCGACCUCACCGACUACCUGAUGAAGAUCCUCACCGAGAGGGGGUACAGCUUCACCACCACGGCAGAACGCGAGAUAAUCCGAGACCUUAAGGAGAAGAUCUGCUUCGUGGCGUUGGACUUCGAACGGGAUCUUGCGAUAUCCGCUAGUACUAACACGUUCGAGAAGAGCUAUGAGUUGCCGGAUGGGCAGAUCAUUACGAUAGGGAACGAACGCUUCCGGUGUCCUGAAGCCAUGUUCCAGCCGACGUUCUUGGGGAUGGAGACGACCGGGAUUCACGAGACCACGUACAACUCGAUCAUGAGGUCGGACAUGGAUAUUCGGAAGGAUUUGUACGCGAAUAUUGUUCUGUCUGGAGGAAGCACGAUGUUCGCGGGGGUUGCGGACAGAAUCCAGAAGGAAAUCGCGGCUUUGGCACCGGCUUCCAUGAAGAUUAAGAUCAUUGCGCCACCAGAACGAAAGUACUCCGUGUGGAUUGGUGGAAGCAUUUUGGCCAGUCUGACGACGUUCCAGCAGAUGUGGAUCUCGAAGGAUGAGUACGACGAGUCCGGACCGGUUAUCGUUCAUCGCAAGUGUUUUUAAGCUUGUGUAGAAGACCUAGGAUCCAGGGUCUACCCUAUCAUUAACUAAAUUAAAACAUUAAUUGUUGAUUGUUGUUAAAUAAAAAAGUUUUUGUCA